AUGGCCAUCCCAGAAUCGGACGAAACCCCGACCCUGCUAUCGGAUCUCUCGCUCGAAGAUACUGAGAUACUGAGCCCUCAACAAAUGCUGAACGAGUUCAAGGCGGUGAAUAUUUGUGCUCCUAUGGUCAGAUACUCCAAGUUGCCGUUCCGACAGCUUGUCUCGGAGUACGAAACGCAUAUCACAUUUACGCCGAUGAUUCUGGCUCAAGAAUUCAGUCUAUCAGAGAAAGCGAGGGAUUCCGAUUUCUCGACCAACGAGGCCGAACGGGGCACCUUCCUCAUGCAAGAAUCGCGCGCGCCUUCGCCUAAUUGUGUCAGUCGCCCCAAACGGAAAGUCCGGGGCAGUUUGAUUGCACAGUUUGGCGGCCACAGUCCUUUUUAUAUGGGUCAUGCUGCUGCACUCAUCAAAAAGUAUGUCGACGGCGUUGAUAUUAACUGCGGAUGUCCCCAACAGUGGGCAUACAAAGAAGGUAUUGGAUCGGCCCUUCUCCGCAAGCCAGACUUAGUUCGCGACUUGGUCCGCUCAAUCAAAGGAACGUGUGGUGAAGAUUUUCCAGUGUCGAUCAAGAUUCGAAUAGAUGACGACUUGAGAAACACCUCCCAACUGAUCAAAACUGCGAUCCAGGCGAAUGCUUCGAUGAUCACAGUUCAUGGGCGUACGCGUCGACAAGCUAGUUCGCAUCCGGUGGAUUUGGAAUCGAUCAAGUUUGCGAAUCAAGAGGCCCAAUCGGGCGCCAACGGGCUGAUCCCAGUGGUGGCCAAUGGGGAUGUGUUCACGUUGGAUGAUGCGAACAAGACUCGCGAGAUCUGUGGGGUACAUGGGGUGAUGAGUGCCCGAGGACUGCAAGAAAACCCAGCCCUGUUUGCUGGCUAUGAUCGGAUCCCACUGGCAGGCAUCGAACGCUUUCUGACCCUAUCGGCCCAGAAUGGGUUCAUGUUCCCACUGUUCCAUCGUCAUUUGGCCGACAUGUUGGGCCCAUGGUUCUCUACUCGAGAAGAAAAGAAGUUCUUCAACAUGCUGUCCAGUCCCCCCUCGGUCAUCGAUUUUUUAGAGGAAACUUACAAUAUCCAGCCCACACCGUUGCCAGAAAUCAUUUUUUGA